AUGGAUACCAAUCUUGACGUCUCCAAUUGUCUGCUUGACGAGUGCUCAAGCGCCGGCUCUCAUCGAAAACUGUCGGCGUUAUCAGCAACAUCGAGCCUUCACGCGCCAUCGGAAUCAUCGAUGAGUCGCAAAAAGAGCAUUCGGGAACGGAUGGCCGAUUUGGAAAAUCGCCGCAAUCCGAAAAAGCCGACACCACCGAGUAUUUUUGAAGCGGCGCAAUUGAUUGGAAAAUUUUCUGGUCAAAGAAUUGAUCUGCUCUCAGCUAGAAAUUCGGUUGUUUCUCAUUCUUCCAACGGUUCCGUCAAAGUUGAAACCAGAUUGGCUGGAAAUGAUUCUCGAAUGAGUAGUUUUCAACAAGAAGGUGCUAUGCUUCCCUCAUCAAGUUCUAAAGACGAUGAUCUGUUAUCAACGUCUUCGGAUGAGGUUGAAAAUAUGGCCACUAGAACUUUACAGCAUAUGGAAGAGAGCGCUUCAAUCAUAACGGCAAAUAGCGAGGACUCUGUGAAAAAACCAGAAAAUCCUGAUGUCGAGAAAGGCUCAACAGAGGAAGAUGCCGAAAAGGGUAGGUAA